AUGGCCUCCUGUGAAGAUUCUGAGAUGAGGAUCGUGAUGUUGGGAAAGACUGGAUCAGGAAAGAGCGCAACAGCAAACACCAUCUUUAAUGAAAAGAAAUUUGAUGUGAACUCUACCUUUCAGCAUAUAACCAAGGAAAGUAGGAGAGGUUACAAGCUUGUUAAUGGAAGAAUGGUCUGGGUGAUUGAUACUCCGGGACUGUUCGAUGGAAAAACCCCUAAAUAUGAACUGAAAGCUCAGAUUGAAGAAGCCAUUGAUCUGGCUCAUCCUGGAGUUCAUGUGUUUCUGCUGGUGAUGAGGCUGGAUGUGAGAUUCACAGAGGAGGAGAAGAACACUGUGAAGUGGAUUGUGGAGAACUUUGGAGAGGAGAUCCAAAAACACACCAUUGUGUUGUUCACUCAUGGAAACGUGUUAAAGGAGAAAACUAUAGAAGAAUACCUGGGUUCAAACACAGAGCUGAAAGGUGUAGUGGACAGUAUGGCUGGUUAUCAUGUGUUUGAGAAUGAAAAUGAGGAUGAUGAAACUGAAGUCACAGAGCUGCUGAAGAAGAUUGAUGAGGUAAUAGAUAAAAAUACAAAUCUGACUUACACCAGGAAAAUGUACAAUAAGAGUCAAAGAGUGUGUAUUAUAGCUUAGUUUUGGGAGAUUGAUACACGCCCUCACUCCUCCCACUUCCUUCCCUUUAUAAACCGUCACUUCCUCUCUACCUGCUCGUUGAACAACCUCGCACCCACCUCCUCCCCAUCUUCCUCCUUCUUUAAUUUUAUUAUUUUUUCUCAUGUUUCUCUUCGUGUGAGGGGGGGCUUCGGCUUCACGCUUUACAGCGAAGCUGCCCCGAACUCCACCGCAAAUACUCUGUGGGUCAAUACUAGCAAAAUGGGAAAUGGUGGAAUAUUUGGAAUUGUAGCAGCAGCAAUAAGAUUAGCAGAAAAAGAAUAACAUGGUCAUGGAGGAGCUUGGGAUAAUGGGGCAGAUAAAAUAAUAAAAAAGAAAAAGAGGAAAUUAAAUAAACUCUGAAUUCAGAGUGAUCAGAGUAAAGUGUAUUACAGCACUUCAGGGAUUUACAUAUAAAAUACAGUUUUCUUGUACAUUUACUGUACAUUACAUACAUGGUGUACAUAGAUAAUUAAAUGGAAUAUGUGUAACAUUUACUAUAAAG